GGCCAGCAGACAAUGCACCAGGCAGCACCGCCCCUCGUGAAUUACGACUCAACAGUAAAAGAUUUGAGUGACGUGGAAAAUGAAGUCGAUACACUUCUUCCUCCUAUGCCGGAGCAGCCAUACCAUUCACAUCCGGAUUAUUUUUCCACAACACUUCCGAUACGUCCUCCUUCAACUCGCACACGGUCAAUUCCUCUCACCAUGACCACCAUUCAAGAGCAACCUUACAGUCAAAAGUACCAAACUGCUUAAACAUUGAAGUUGUUAUCAUGUACAAUUAUUUUCCCUGGCCGCAAUACCGCUUGUACAAUCACAAUCUUGGUCCUCCAAACGCGAC